AUGGGAAAGUCUGGAACAUUGGACACCUUCCAGGUCUACUACCAGUGCAGGCUAGCUGAGCUUCAAGAGAGUGCCCCACAAAGGGCCACAACGCCGCAGGACUGCUUCAAGCGGCGCAACCGGGUGCUGGAGCCAUUGCGGCCAUCCUCCGAGGCUGAUAUUUUGCAUAGUGACCCUCUCGCAAGGACUCGAGAAGGAGGAAGUCGGUCUUUUGGCACGUUGCAAUCGAAGGUUCGGAGGUCAAAAAACAGUCAAAGUCAGACAGGGUUGUCCAGACAGCAGAUUGCAUCCAACGAAUCUCUGAAGCUUGCGUGGACAAAGGAUCCAGGCGGCAGAGCUUCCGUGGGCCACACCACCAGCCCUACGAGUAGAAACGCAGGACGAGAACAUUGCAUACGCGAAGGACCAAGGCGCAGUUCCCUGGAGAAAAAGCCUGCGGUGGAAGAGGACCAAGUUCCUCCUACUGACGAGGCACCGACAGAAGAGCAAGAGCGUGCUCUGGCAUUGUUGCAAAGAAGCAACUUUUUCAAGAACCUAGAGCCAGCUGUCUUAUCAGAGCUCCCUCGCUUAGCCACGUUCAUUGGAGGCACCGAAGGGUGCAGUUGUUUUCCGGCAAGGAGAUAG